AUGCCUCUAAAACGCACACCUCCAAAAUCACCUGGCAAAAAUCAAAAAAAGGUUUCGACUCCAACUUUAAGCGAGACUUCGAAGACUGUCAAUAUUAAGACUUGUCCGCCACAAAUGACUUCCGCUACCACAGAUAAUUCACCGUCUCAAUAUUCACAAUCGGUACCGAGCACUGAUGACCUUAGUGCACAACGCGGUAAGCGUAAGUUCGAUGGUUCUGAUCACAGCGAUAUGCGUGCAUUUAUGGCUGAAAUGAGGAUGCAUUUUUCAAACUUUACAACCAAUCAGGAUAAUAAGCUUUUAGACCUACAGAAAUCCAUUACAGAAAUUAAAAAGCAAAAUGAAGAAAUAUUUAAAUCUAUCGACUUUAUAUCCCAGAAGUAUGAUGACUUAUCACUAAAAAUAAGUAAACUGGAAGAUGAUAAGAAGGAGAGCCAAAAUUACAUAACCGCGCUUGAAGAGCGAUUAGAUUUCCUUGAGAAAAAAUCUCGGUCGACCUAUGUCGAGAUUAGAAAUAUUCCCAAAAUGCCAAGUGAGACAAAAAAGUCGUUAUCGUCAUUGGUUGAGAAAAUUGGUCAAAAAUUAAAUGUUACGAUCGAGCUCAGAGAUAUAAAAGAUAUAUAUCGAAUAAAUACUAAAUCAGACGAUAACAAACCUAUUAUCUUAGAGCUAACUACGGUCGCGCUCAAGGACAACCUGAUUGAUUCCAUCAAAAAGUUUAAUAAGGUGAGGGGAGCUGAUAACUUUAACACAGAGCACCUACAAAUAAGUGGUUCUCCAAAAAAGGUAUAUAUUGGUGACUCUCUGACUCCAAAACAAAAACGUUUGUUUUAUCUGGCACGAGAGUUUGCAAAGGCCAAUGACUAUAGUUACUGCUGGUCAACGAAUGGAAAUAUAUAUCUUCGUAAAAGAGAAGGCACUUCUCACUUUCGUGUUGUCUCAGAGUUGGACCUGGACAAAAUUAAAGAGAAUGAAUGA